AUGGAGCAACAGCAGCAGGUGCGCAGGACUUGGAUAGGUGAGGGAGAGCAGAGCCAGCGCCGCGGAGUUUUCGACAGUUUGCUGCGCGGGGUUGGAGCUGAACAUAUGACCAUCGAUCAAUGCGAGGCGAUUAGGGAAAUGGACGACUCUCAGCUCGUCGGGGUCCCUGUCGUCCUGGCUAAAGCUGACGUGUCUAGGCUGGACGUUGAAGUCAGGAAUGCGGCAGCUGCUACGGAGAUCAGUAAGGUGAAAAGAAGGCGUGGCCGCCCUCCGCGGAAUCAGGGCAAACCAGCGCCGCCUCCUCCGCCCAAGGCCAUGGACGAAGAGGAUGUUUGUUUCAUAUGCUUCGAUGGCGGCAGCUUAGUACUAUGCGAUCGCAGGGGCUGCCCUAAAGCAUACCAUCCAGCUUGUAUCAAGAGGGAUGAAGCAUUUUUCCAAUCAAAGGGGAAGUGGAACUGCGGCUGGCAUAUAUGUAGCAAUUGUGAGAAGACUUCUCAUUAUAUGUGCUACACUUGUACGUACUCUCUCUGCAAAGGAUGCACCAAAGGUGCUGAUUACUUAUGCGUGCGAGGAAAUAAAGGAUUUUGUGGAACGUGUAAGAAAACUAUAAUGCUAAUUGAAAAUGUACCGAUGGAGAAUAGCGAGAAGGUUCAAGUGGAUUUUGACGACAAAUUGAGCUGGGAAUAUCUUUUUAAAGUGUAUUGGGUGUGCCUUAAAGAAAUCUUAUUGCUGACUGUAGACGAAAUACUGAAGGCUAAAAAUCCAUGGCAAGUUGAUGAGCUACAUAAAACUAAAAGUGCCUGGAAAGUUCCUGCUGAUGUUAUUGGACCCGUGGGAGAAUCUUCUAGUGAAAUUUAUUAUGGUUCUAAUGAAAAGGCAUCUUCUUCUGGCAACAGCUAUGGGAGUCUGGAGACGAACUAUUCCAAGAGGAGAAAAACUGACGACAAGCCUAAUAUUAUGAAUGAGGAAAAAUCUGUAGGUACGGUGGACAAGUUGACUGUUGAAAAAGUUGUACCUUUGCCUGUGGGCACAACAGAAUGGGCGACAAAGGAGCUCUUGGAGUUUGUUGCACAUGUGAAGAAUGGGGAUACUACUUUCUUAUCUCAGUUUGAUGUGGAGGCUCUUUUGUUAGACUACAUCAAAAGCAACAAUCUGCGUGAUCCUCGCCGCAAAUGUCAGAUCCUCUGUGAUACAAGGCUUAUAAACCUCUUUGGCAAAACACGUAUUGAUCAUAUAGAGAUGUUGAAGCUUCUUGAAAGCCACUUUCUUGUGAAAGAAAUCCCUCAGCGUGAUGAAUCUCAAGUUAGGGUGGAAUUACCAUCUGCUGAGGGCAACGCUAGCUGUACCUAUCUUUCUGCUGGUAUUAUUGGUAAUUUCCCGGUGGUUAGCAAUGAUAGAAGCCGUAAGACAAGCAAUAGGAUGGAUGAGAAAGAAACCCACACCACCAAUCCCAAUGCAGAUGAAUUUGCAGCAAUUGAUGUUCACAAUAUUAAUCUAUUAUACUUAAAACGUAGUUUGAUGGAAAAUCUUGUCAAUGAAGCUGACAAGUUCCAUGAGAAAGUGGUUGGGUCAUUUGUCCGUAUUAGGAUUCCCUGUGGUGAUAUGCAUCGACUCGUGCAAGUUGUAGGUACCUGCAAGGCAUCUCAAGCAUAUAAGCUUGGCUCAAGGAAAACUGAUAUUUUGCUUGAAAUAUCAAAUUUAGACAAGAAGGAAUUUGUGUCAAUUGAUGGUAUAUCAGACCAAGAUUUCUCAGAGGAUGAAUGCAGACGCCUAAAGCUCAGUGUAGAAUCUGGCCUCAUAAAGUUUAUGAAGGUGGGUGAGGUCCAGGAGAAAGCAAUAGUACUUCAUUCCAUGAAAGUUAGUGAUUGCCUGGAAGCAGAAAUAUCACGCCUUAAUCAUCUUCGGGAUCAAUCAUUUGAAGAAAGCAAGCGUAGGUUGCUUGAGGUUCCUAUUGUGCAUUCAGAUCCAAAUAUAGGUCCCCGCAAGUCUGUCAAAGAGUCGAGUAAUUAUACCACUACAGCAAACCAGAUGCUUUCCGUAUCAUCUAGCCAUGAACAAAAUAGUCGACCAGUGGCCGCUCCUUGUCAACCAACAUCUGCAGUUUUCCCGCCAGGGAUACCACUCUCUCCUCUAAUUAAUGAGGAUGAGCUAGAGAGACUUUGGCAUUAUCGUGAUCCUUUUGGAACAGUUCAAGGACCUUUCCCUAUGAUGCAACUUCAGAAAUGGAGCACAAGUGGGCUUUUCCCCCAGGAUCUAAGAGUGUGGAGAGUGCACGAGAAUGAGCAAGACUCUGUUCUUUUGACUGAUGCUUUGCUUAGGCUGGUGCUCCAGAAAGAGCCACCAAAACCUGCAAAUAAUAACUGUAUUAUGUUGCCUCAGGAAGUAGCAACAGCUGCAUGUGAUAGUACAGAUAAGAAGUGGAGCAGUGGAUCAAGUCAGGAUACUGGUACAACUCAGAUGGAGGCGGAUAAGAAUGAUGAAGUUGAUAAAAGUGGCAAGGCUGAGAAAAAUGAUUCAAGUGCCCGAAUCAGUGAUGAUGGUAAUGAUGAAAUUACAAGGAGUACCGAGGAGUUGGCUUCUCAUCCAUCCAGGUUGACCAUGUUAGUGGAUCUUGUUAUUGGCAAUAAUGAACUAAGUCAAAGGGUUGAGCAGCAGUCCGAUGUAUGUGAUUCGGUUUCUUUACCUUCUUCCUCUGCUAAAAAUCAUAAUGAUGCCACGGCCCACGUGAGACAAGUUGAGUUGACCAAGACUAACCCGAAGUCUUGGGUUGAUCAGCAGUCCGAGAUAUGUGGUUCAGUUACUUUACCUUCUUCUGUUGAAGUUUAUAAUGAUGCUCCGACCCCCCAUGUGGGACAAGUUGAGGAAGAGGAAAACAGGAGUUCCAGUGUGAAUGAUUUGAAAGAAAGUAGCCCAGAUCAUAAGACUCCUCCAAAGGAAGAACAACAAACCAUUGUCGAAGAAAGUGAUAACGUGAAAGGCACCAACAACAGUGAAGGUGGUUGUUCUAGCCAAUCUUCUCGUCAGAGUUGGCAGCAGUCUCAGCACAUGAGCAUCACGAUUGGAUGGGAUCUCAACUCUACUUUCCCUUCUAUCUCUAAUUCGACAGAAACAGUAAAGCUUGAACACGAAAUCAUUUUUGCCGAUCUACAAAGUCCAUUGCCGAAGCAGCAACAAGGCGAUAAUGGGGACUUGAAAGGUGGGCAGAGUGGUCGCGAAGAAAGCAAACACUCUACCACUGUCUCUUGUAAUGUGCCCAUCAUUGAUGCAGGGCCCUGCUGGAGCACUACUUCGAGUUUAGUUGGUGGGACGCGGCUUCCUGGCGCCGCUACUGAAUGGACGAUGGGCUAUUCUUCCCCCGCUAUAGCCAAAUCUUCUGUCGAGGACUGGGGCUCCAAUCUUGUGCCAGAACCCAAUGAAUUCUCCUUGGUCGAUGAAUCUGUUUCAGACCUUUUAGCCGAGGUAGAGGCCAUGGAAUCUCUCGGUGGAUUGCCAUCCCCUACUUCAAAAUUAAGCUGUGGUGUGGAUUUGAUGCAAGUCUCCGAUAAUGAUUGCUUUAGUCCUGUGGAGGAUUUUAGCCCGGCUGCAGUGCCGGAUCACGGAAGAAGCGAUGCAUUAAGCUCCACAGGUGGGGGAGAUAUAAUGCAAAUGCCAUCCCGUUUAUCUUCAUUAGCAGGGGAACAACAGCUUGGUUUAUCGAUUAUGUCUUCUCCUCAGCCUAUAGCACAUCAUGAUGAUGAGAAGGAAUCGUAUAGAAGGACGACAACUCAUCACAAGCCUCCUCCCCAGUUGAUAACUGUAACUGAUCACAAACCACCACCAGUUCACAACAUAUCUCUCAUGCUCUCGCUUCCCCCAGUAACAAGUGAGUCACUCCCACUUGGUUUGCCCACUACUCCCCUGAUACAACCCCACCAUUCACCGGUAGUGGGCCGAACAAUUGGCUUGUCACAGACAGAUGCUCGGAAGAGGUCACCCAGUGGGCAUUCGAGCAGCAGAAGCAAAUUGGAGAGACGGUGGGAAGGAAGUUCAGAAACCAAGCAGGUUCAGCAGUCAAGUUUCAAACAGACAAAGCCAAUCUUAGACAUCAAGCUGCCGCCUGCCUCAACCGCGAGUUGUCAAGUUGAAGUCGGGUCAGACACCAUUCAUUGUCCCGUACCUGCUGGAGUAGACUUGAGAUUGGGGAACUCCAGGGGGCGAUCGAUCCUGGGUCUGGUCCCAGGUGCUGCAAGCAGUCAUUCUAACGGCUCAGUUCAGAAACAUGGUGGGGCCCUGUCACCCACAUCCACAGGGCAUUCUACAACUUCCACAGGGAAUCCUCCUCCGAGUCCGUUGGGAAGCCAGACGAGGGACAGACAUUCUGGUGGGUCAAGAGAUCACCGAAGCAGCCAUCGUCACCACAGCGGUAGAGAUUCCGGUGGUCAUGGUGGUAGGGAUAGGUCAACGUCGGCUGGAGGCAACAACAGGCAGGGGUCCACCGGAGGAGGGUCUUUCAGAUCGUCGCCCAAAGGGUCGCGAGUACUGUGUAGAUAUAUUGGAAGCGGGAAAUGCAAGAAGGGUGCGGCAUGUAGUUUUUGGCACCCUUGA